CACUUGGAUCUACCUUUUGAUCGAAAUGCAUCAAACACCAGCCAGGUGCUACCCUGUGGCAUUGGCUGUGAUCGGUGCACUAACAACCAGUGUGGCUAUCUUGAAGAGUACACCGAAGGCAGCCGGAUUGCUGGAACUUGGUUCAAGCUGAAUGGUUCAGACAAAGACAACAAGCCAGUCCGUGUCUCUCUUGGGUGCCACACUGAUGAAAGGCACCUCUUCUACACACAGAAGGUCAAUGGAAUUCUGGGUCUGGCACCUCACAAGAUAACAGGAGCGUCCAAUCUUCUGGAAGAACUUUACCAAGACAAGAAACAUGUGAACCAUGCGGUGUUUUCGCUCUGCCUGGCAGAAUGGGGCGGCUUAUGGACUGUGGGUGGUUAUGACGGCAGCUUCAUCCUGCCUGGUUUCACAUUGCUGUGGAUGCCAUUGCACCACAUUGGGUAUUUUGGGAUACAUUUGACAGAAAUCCGAUGUGGAGCUCAAGUCGUUGGUGCCGAGUCAGAUUUUGGCACCACGAUUCUGGACACAGGCACCACCUUUUCAUAUUUUCCACAUCAGACCUACUAUACAUUGAUAACUGCCUUGAAGACCCAAUGCGUUGGGAUCAACUGCGGUGCAAGUCCCGUGCCUCACACUUAUCAGACGUGCUGGAAGCUCUUGACUGGAACAAAGCCUCGCCAGUUCCCAAACAUAACUGUUGCAGUGGGCGAUGCUCAAACUACUUUCAUUUGGCAACCAGAGGCGUACAUGUUCAGAAGACACAACGAUGAGAACGAAUGGUGCUUUGCCUUCGCUGACAACAAAAUGAGUCACACAACAGUGCUUGGCACCUCCUUCUUUCUGCACAAGACAGUUGUUUUCGACACCUCCAAAUCCCAGCUGGGGAUUGCGGAGUCGGCGUGCCCCGAAUACCACUACAGAACUCCAAAAGCUGAGACAGGGCAGUUGUUGAUAGCGCAGGUGUCUUCCCCACGAUCAUCUCCAGCAUCUCAAUUUGACCUGCCAAGUGAGGGAAACAUUCACUUUCUUGCCAUUUGUUUGGGAGUAGUUGGACUUCUACUUUUGUUGGUGGCUUGUGCGAUGUGCCUGUGGGCGUACCUUGUAGAGGAGGAGGACGAUGAAAGCGAAGUUCAACUUGCAGAUCGCAAAUUGGUUUUGGUCUCCGGUGCCAAUGCCCCUUGCUUGCAAGAUGCCUUUCGGCAGCCCAUCGCAGCUCCUUCCGCCCCUUAUGAUUUGCACCAUGGUCAGGUGCGCAGGGGAUUCGUGCUGCUGCAGAUGCAUGGUUGUGGAGAUCCAGGGCGAGCACUGAGGGUCAGUGCUCGAGGCAAAGGGGAAGUCUUUGGCAUCCUCAUUGGCGAGGGCCUUGUGGAGGUUCUUGGUCGUGAAAACUGGGCGUAUGUGACGCGUAGAGAGCCUGGAGGGUAUUGGGAGCAUUCAGAUCCAUGGCAUCAGUGGCAUGGCAGCUGGCGAGAACAUGCACCUGGUCAGGGAGAAGUUCGACGUUCAGCACAAGGUCAAGGUAAAGGUUCAGAACAACCUGAUCAUUCGGGAGAAUCCGAAGGAGAAGAUCGACCUAAAGGUGAUUUACCGAGUGGCAAAAUCACUAGCGUGCAAGAGAGAGCAGACAAAGAAGAAGAGAAAAAGCUUUCGGGCAAGGUCUCCAAUAGCUAUCCCCCAGUUUUUCGAGCUCGACAAGGUGAAAAUUAUCGAGACUGGAAGAGAUCUGUCAAGUUUUGGCUACAUGGUGAAGGACAACAACUUCCCACAGGCUUGGUUGGCUCUAGGGUCAUGGUGCAGCUACGUGACCGAGCAGCACAACUCGUCAAACAUCUGGAGCCGGAAGAUGUGAGUCAGAAAGAUGGGCUCCAGCGGAUCUUUGAGACGUUGGAAAAGAGUCCGCUCAUCAAACAGAGCGAGAAGCAUAGAGUGGAUUGGCACCGGAAGAGACUUCUCACCUUGUCUCGGGUGGCCGGUGAGAGCUUGGAAAGCUACAUCACACGAGCUGGACUUUAUCGAGCACAACUUGAAGGACUAGAUGCAGCUCUGAGCAUGGGAGAAAGGUUUUUUGUGGGACACUUGAUAGAUCAUGCAAGGUUGACGCGCCGAGACAAGGCGAUGAUCAAAACACAUGCAGGAGAUGAAGAUGAAGUCUCGAUCACGGGAGCAAUGAUGGAGUUGUCCAGUGAAUUGGAGGGCGAGCAGGGCUAUCCGAUUGGUCAGGCCGAAGCUCAGUUGAGUGGAGCGCAAGGUGAAGAGCACUUGGUCCAAAGAGGAGUAAUGGGCUUGCGUUUCAACAGGCGUGACAAGGCGGCUUUGGUGGCUGAAAUGAAUGAAGUGGAGACAGAGACCAAUGUGUCUUUGGAGGGCAUUCCAGAAGAUCCAGCAGGAGAUGACAGUGUGGAUGAGUGCGAUCCUCAGCUGCCAAGUGACGUUUUACAUGCAGAACAUGAAGCCCUGGCGUUGCAGUUCAGGGCAAAGCAGAAGAUGGCCGAGGCACGAAAGAUGAGAAACUACUAUCGGAAGUCCGAAGGAGACACCAAGAAAACCUCCAAGGGUGGCAAGUGUUUCGUUUGUGACGAACCUGGGCAUUUUGCUCGGGAUUGCCCAAAGGUGAAGGCAGCACUUGCAGCCUCUCCGAAUCCCGUUUUGGUUACGGCUCACAAGCUGGAGUCUGACAAGGAGACUGAAUGGGGCUUGUUGGAGUCACUCUGCAAAGACAGCCUGAGCGCAGAUUCUUCUGAAAGGGCAGUAUACAUGGUGCAUAGGGCAGUUUGCGGGGAAGAGAUGGGAGCCACCACCAAGAAACAUGAAACUCCUGUAGUACCGUUUGAAGCAUGGUGGAACAUGAAGGAGUUGUCCAGAAAAGUCAUUCUUGAUCUAGGCUGCAUGAGGAAUGUGGUGGGUGUUCAAUGGGCCAAUGAUGUGGUUUCGGAGUGGCAACAACAACAGCGAUGGUUUCGGGUUUUGGAAGAGGACGAGGUGUUCAGGUUUGGGGAUGGCAAUACCUUAAGGAGCAAAUAUCGUCUACAACUUCAAGUGAGGCAGAGCAUGAAUUUUCGAUGGAGCAUCAUCAAGAAGUUGGCUUGGUGCCGCAUGCAGUCCAUGAAUGCGAAGUGUUUGGCUCCGAGAAACAACAAUUCGAGACAGCCCACCGUGCCUCGCAUGUCUGUGGUGAACCCGCCCCUAUGUCGGAUGUGCGGCAUUGUGGGUCAUCGGACUCGACAGUGUCCGAACUUGUCGGAUCCCGAGUCUGUGGUGGAGCUGGAAUCCCAAACUGGCGACAGCUUUCAGGAGGUGGAGCAUCUUCAGCGCCAGGAAGAACCACGACAAGCUGCGAGAAAGGAGCCUCCCACAUCGAUGGAAGUGGACCGACCAGCCAAGGGACGCGGUCGCGGUCCCGCAGCCCGGGCAGCAGCCAUCCGGGGAGAAGAGACAGCCAGGUCGAGCUCUACGCCCACAGAGCUGAAGGAGAAGACAUCGACAACAAAGAGGUCGAGCAGAAUCAACAGAGGCUUGCCCCCUUCAGAAGAGGAAGGUCCAGAUCAGCGCAUUGUGGAGACAGAGGCGAUCCAAGGGCUCACCAUGCAGGAGUUGCAGAUGGUCUACAAGCACCGGGAGAAGGAGGAGGAGAAGGCCAAGAAGAAGAUGGCGACGGCGGCACUCACAGGGUGGGAGUCGCGAUAUCCGUCGCUGAGCAAUGUGUGGAGCGACGAUUUGGCAUGCAACAUCCUGAAGUGCUUUCAGUCAAGGAUGAGAACUUACCUUUGGAAGAAGGUGGUGUGGCAGUUGCGCGUGAAGGAGGCCAUCCGGGUGGAGUCCAAGGGCAAGGCAACAUGGAAACGCAAUGUGAGGUGGCUCAACCCCUUACUGAGCACGGAAGUGGCGUCGACCUGGGGGCAUUUCGGAGCAAUGAGGCAGAGGCUGCGAUCUUCGGACUUCACCGGGAAGAAGACUGGCACCGAGUUACCGUACUACAUCGUCAUGGAGAUCUUCGCUGGAUGCGCGAGACUGACGGCGAGGGCAUCAGUGCGUGAGGGAUGGCGAGCGAUGGAGCCGAUUGACAUCCUUUACGGGUAUGACCUGAAGAAUCCGGUCACGCAGAAGGAGAUCUUAGACCGAAUCAAAGAACUCAAGCCAGAUUUGGUCACUCUGAGUCCAAGAUGCGGUCCAUGGAGCCAGAUGCAACGUAUCAAUCCGAACGUUGACAAGGUGAUGGAAGAUCGACAACAAGACAUUCCUUUAUGGAGAUUCAGCCGGAAGGUUUGGGAUGAACAGAAUGGGAACGGUCGCCUGGUCAUGACGGAGAACCCUUACCAGUCGGCUGCACUCACCAUGGACUUCAUGAUGGAGCGCCCCAACUUGCACCGGGCCAAGAUUCCUCAGUGUGCCUUUGGACUGAAGGAUGCGGUCUCUGGCAAACCUCAUCAGAAGUACACGGCCCUGGAUGUGAAUGAUGCUGGCAUGCGAGAAGCGUUGAUGGAAGGAGCUGUGUGCAAUCACACCCCUGAAGAACAUCAACCCAUCGAGGGCAAUGUUUACUACAAUGGGCGGUGGCAGCGACGGUCAGCUUUGGCGUCAAAAUGGCCAGAAGAGCUUUGCGACCACAUCUUGCGUGCAGCAGAGUGCGCAUGGGAAAAAUGUGAUCAAAACGCACCGAGAAAGCUGACUGAUGGCCGAGAAGCAGGAGAAGCUCACUACAUUCUGCCGGUGGAGCCAAUGCCGACUCCGGAAGGAGAACUGAGGAAGCAGCUGGAAAAGGCAGAUUGGAGAGGUGGUCAGUAUGACUACGUGUACUUCGAUGGAGUUGCCCGACAAGGACCCUACAAGAUGAGGCAAGCUUUGGCUCACUUGCAUGUUGUGUUGGGCCACCCCUCGAUGGAGCGGUUGGUGAGGAUGCUCAUGAUCAGCGGCUGCAGCAGUCAAGUGGUGGAGAUAGCAAAAGGGCUGCGAUGUCAGAUCUGCCAAGCAGUGCGUCCUCCUGGAGCUGAACCGAAGGUGGCAGCCACACGACCGACCAGAUUUGGAGAACGGGUGUUGUCGGACUCCUUUUUCGUGUGGGAUGUCAAGGGCGAAAGAUUCAAUGUCACUCACAUGAUUGACGGCUUGACGGAGUACCAUAUGGGCUUGGUCAGCAAACAGGUGGGAGCCGACGUCACCACAGAACUUUUGCAGAAUCGCUGGUGCGCAGUGCUGGGGCCCCCGGAGGUGUUGCAGACUGAUGGAGGCAAAGAGUAUGCGGAUGUGGUGCAACGGGUGAGCAGGUUGCUGGACUUCCGGCACGAGGUGGUGCCUCCAGGUGCAAAGUGGAGGCAGGGCCAAGUGGAGCGCCAUGGUGCAAUCAUCAAACUGAUGAUGAUGCGGGUGAUCUCAACCCAACAAGCAGCGGGACUGGAGGAGAUCAAGUUGGUGGCAACGAGCUGCUUCAAUGCCAAGAACCGCUUAUGCAACAAAGCAGGAAUGUCCCCUCUGCAAGCUGUCACCGGGAAGAACACCACGGUUCCAGUGUCAGUCAUGGAGCAACUCUGCAGUGGCCAGGUGAAGUUUGCGCUGAAUGAGGAGUUGGAACUACGUGAUGCCCUUCGACGAGCAGAACGUAUCCGAGCGGCAGCCAUUGACAGCUACAACUGGAUCGAUUCCAACCAGGUCAUCAGGGAAGCCAUGAAUCGACGCUCUCGGCCGCCAAAAUUGGAGUGUAUCUUCGAAGGCACCACGGUGUAUGUGCACGAGCCACCGCCCAACCGACGUGGCCAACAUCGACGUCUUCAAGAUCACUCCAGCUGGGAUGGUCCAGGAAAGGUGCGAAGUUAUCCAUUGGAGAAACUGAGACUGGCAACUCCGGAUGAGAUGUUGGGUUCGCAGUUCAUCGUGCAGAUCUUGGAGGAGAUGCAGGACGAAAUCAAGAAGGGCAAUUUGCGGCUUGAAGAAGAUCAGAACCAACCAAGACAAGCUUUACCUGACAGGGCACAUGCGACACCCAACGUGGAGGAGGAAGGCAAUAUGGAGAUGCUGGAUGACACGCAGGUGCAAGAACGUCUGCGUCGGGUGCGCCGAAUGGAGAUCAUGAAUGACGUGCCGGACUCCAUACGGCAAGGGGCAUUGUCCAGCUCCAGUCAGAGCAGCCGAGUCCUUGUGAGAAGGCUUGAUGACGGUGAGAGAAGGGACCUUCUGAUGGAGGAUGAUGCAGAGAUGUCAGAAGCGCCUCAAGUUCCUGCUGAAGAAGUGGAGCCUAGCCGUUUGAAGUUUCCAGAGAAGAAAGCCCUAUUUGAACAAGGCAGACGUGAAGGUGGGUUGCCUUCCACUUUGACAGAGGCGCGUGUGAGAAGUGGCAUGACUUUGGCAGGCAGACAGGUGAAGAACAUUCGGAAAAUCAUCAGCAAGCAUCGUCGGGCACCUAUGACACCUCAGGCACGACAGCAACGUGCUGAAGAGCAGUCGAUGGGCAGUGUAGUGCUGCUGACCGAAGUGUUGGAGCCUGAUCAUCACGAAGUUCUGUGGCAUGAAGCAUGCAAAGAGAUGGAGGAGCAGGAGGCGUUUUGGAACUCUCCUGCCGUGAAAGCGAAGGAUCUCAAGAAGAUGAAUAGCAAGAUUGAGAGCAAGGUUUUCCAACACAGAGCAGAUCUGGCUCAGGGCAAGAUCGUCACCGGCAAGGCGAGAUUGGAGUAUCAAUGGUCACAGCUCAAUGAGGAGUGGAAGAAAGCAUAUGAACAGCCUUUGGUGAAGGCUGUGAAGAUCUACUUUGACCAUGAUGCUCUUGCUGGUGUACCCAAGGACAAGGUGAUCAAUCCAAAGUGGAUAUUAUCCACACGUUUUGUGCUGACGAACAAGGGUGGCCCAGAGUUGAAGGAAGCGAUCCUCAAGGCAAGAUUGAUCUUGGGAGGACACAUGGACCCGGACAUGGGCAAGUACGCCACUUUGGCGCCUACUGCAGCUCUCUUGGCACACAAUCUCAUCAAUUGGGUUGCAGUACAAAAACAAUGGGUGGUGAACUAUGAGGAUGUGUCCAGUGCCUUCUUGCAGGGCAAACCAUUGCCGAAGGAGAGGGAGGUCUACAUUCGUUUGCCCAAGGGCUACCCUGACUGCGUGUGGGCGUUCAUCUUGGAGCAGCUGGGAGUGAACUACAGAGAAGAUUUGCUGCAGCUGACCAAGGGAGGCUUUGGUCUUCCGGAGUCACCACGUCUGUGGUACCUAUGCUACAGGGACACGCUCAAGGAGCGUGACAUGAAGGAGUUGGACAUCCUGCCGGGAGUCUUUGCGGCCUAUCACCCUGAUGGAGAGCUGCGAGCUUUUGUGGGGACGAAACCAGCAACGCAGGGCUGGACGAAGUUCUGUGGCCGGUGGGAGAGGCAGAACCCGGAGACCCUUGAGUUUGAGUACGCCAUGGAGGAGUACGCCAAAGACAUCCAGAAAAUGAAGUUGCCCACCGGCAAUGCCAAGAACCUGAGUGGGGAGAUCUCACCCGAGGAGAAGCUGCAGAUGUCGUCCAUUUUGGGACAGCUCAACUGGAUGGCUCGACAAGGUCGAUACGACUUGUCCUAUGGAGUAUCUCAUGUGCAACAACUGGCAGCUCGAGAAGGAAGAGUGGCCUUGGAGUGGCUGAACAAGGUGGUGUACCGGGCCAAACAGCCAGCUGUUCAAGUGGUAAAGAGGCUGAAGGAUUGGCGCAACUACAUCAUCGUGUCCGCCAGUGACGCAGCAUAUGGAGCACAACCGGGAGGCUAUAGCCAAGGUGGCUUGGUGAUUUGCAUCGCCGACAAGGACAUCCUGGAGGGCGAAGCGAAUCUGACCGUGGUGGAGGCGGCCAGUAUGAAGAUUCAGCGGGUGGUGAGGUGCUCAAUGAGUGCAGAAGUCUCCAUGGCGGCCACCUCCUAUGAACAUGGAGAUUUUGUACGAGCAGCACUGGCCGAGAUUCUCAAUCGAGACUUUGGCCUACCGGAAUGGAAGGUCUGGGCAAGUGCACGUGAGCACUAUCUGGUCAUUGACUCAAAGACGGGAUUCGACGUGUUGAACAAUGAGACGCAGACAUCGGACAGAAAGAUUCAGAUUGACUUGGCGGUCUUGAAGCAGGCCUUGAUGGAGGCGGACAUCAAUGCCUUCGUACGUUGGGUGCCGGGCCAUCAUCUGAUCGCUGAUGCCAUGACGAAGUGGUAUGCCAACAAUGAGCUCGAACGGGCCUUGGCAGAAGGAGUUUGGUCUCUGAAGGACACGUCAGAGGCGCAAGGUUUGCGUAGGGAAGCAGCCAAGAAACGGCAAAGCUGGAAUGCCUUGAGUGGCCAGGACUUGGAGGAGCAGGGAGUUUGGCUUCCGAUGCCUUUGCCUGCCAUGAGUGAUGUUCUGCGUGGUGUGAUUCUAGAUUCAGCUCCUGACGGUGCCGUCACGGCCGAAGCCUGCAUCCAAAGCAUGGUGCAAUCGGUGGCAGCUGCGGUUUCUCUAGCAGUUUCGACAGGCCAUGAUGGCUCCCCAGAGAAGAAGAAAGAAGCUGAAACUGCCAGCAAGCGCGCUGUUUCUGCAAUCAUUGGGGGCAAUUCGAUUGUGAAAGCGUACUUGCGGGACAAGCCUGAGAAGAUGCUUACCAAACUGGCGAGCUCAGACACCGUGGUCGUCCACGCUUUGGAACCACCGGUGCCAAUGCAGUUUAUCUAUUCCAAGGACGACAACAUCAUCCUAGCUCAGGGAGUGGAACGAUACUUGCAGGAAGUCAAUGAACGACCAAGCCGGAAGGGCUUGGCCUUGCCCAGAGUUUGGUGCCUCGAAAAAUCCAGGCACUGCUUUCACAAGUUGACACACCAGGAGGAAUACAGGAAGUGCGUGAAGCUGUUUGCUUCGAGUACGAUGACAUGA